AUGAAAUCUGUAUUUGUCGCUUGCGCCGUUUUGGCUUUUGCCUCCGCCAUCGCCGCUGAAGAAAUGGUCGAAAUCCUCAGACAGGAAGCUGAUGUAGGUUUUGAUGGAACCUACAAGCACGCUUUCGAAACCUCCAACGGAAUUGUUGUUGAAGAACACGGAGUCCUGAAGAACGCCGGAUCUGAAAACGCUGCUGUGGAAGCUACUGGUUCUUACGAAUUCACCGCUCCAGAUGGAACCAAAUACGCUCUUCAUUACGUUGCCGAUGAGAACGGUUUCCAACCACAAGCCGAUUUCUUACCAACCCCACCACCAGUCCCACCAAUGAUCCAAAGGGCUCUUGACUACAUCGCAUCUCAUCCACAACCACUUCCACAAGGAAAGGUAUUAUAAAUGACCUUUUGUACA